AUGAAGGGUUUCAGACAGAGAGUGCACGAGCAGUUGUCGAGGGCAAAAGAUGCAAAUAAAUCCUCCAAGAAGAAAGAUUCAUCCCACUCGUCAUCCCAGAACCAGGCGUCCCUAGGAGUCAACCAGAAUCAGCAGUCCUCCUCUCCGAAGAACGGCACCCCGACGUCCUCGACAACGUCCGUGAAUGAUACAAGAGGGAAGUCUCCCGAUAAUGCGGCGCAGGCCGGGGUAUUCCCCCCAGGUCAGUACUAUGUUCCUCAAGGCGCAGGCGUCGCUACUGGCCAGCCGGUAAAUAAUGGUGGUCCAGCAACUCCGACGAAACCAGGGCAGAUAGCUCCCAGCGUGGUUAUUAGUCCAAGCGCACCGCAUGUCCCUCCCCCCGGCGCCGCCGAGACAAUGCCAGGAGACCUAGCCCCUCCAAGAAAGUCCCAUGUCUUCGACCGCCUCCAGACAACACCCAAGGAUAUGUCCGAAGGGAUCCGGACCCCCAAACGUCAGCAUUCGUCGCGGUUCGAUAUCUCUGAUCAGCGCCAAAGAGAGCUGGAGAAGCUUCCGGGCUUCCAUGAAGUGCCGCCCAACCGGCGUCAGGAGCUGUUUAUGCAGAAAAUCGAUCAAUGCAAUAUCAUUUUUGAUUUCAACGACCCCACUGCCGACAUGAAGUCGAAGGAGAUUAAGAGACUGGCGCUCCAUGAGCUCCUGGAUUAUGUCGCCAAUAACCGCUCGGUGAUCACGGAACCUAUGUAUCCCCGGGUUGUCGAAAUGUUCGCCAAGAACUUGUUUCGUCCCAUCCCGCCUCCUGUAACGCCUCAAGGGGAGGCAUUCGACCCAGAAGAAGAUGAGCCUGUUUUGGAAGUGGCCUGGCCGCAUAUCCAGGUGGUUUAUGAGUUCUUUCUGAGAUUCAUUGAAAGCCAGGACUUCAACACCAAUAUUGCCAAGGCUUAUAUCGAUCAUCAUUUUGUAUUACAGUUGCUAGAGUUGUUUGACUCUGAAGACCCUCGGGAACGGGAUUUCCUGAAAACCACUUUGCACCGGAUUUAUGGAAAAUUCUUGAAUUUGCGAUCCUACAUUCGCCGCUCUAUCAAUAACGUGUUCUUCCAAUUCACCUACGAAACAGAGCGAUUCAACGGAAUUGCAGAGCUGCUCGAAAUCCUAGGAUCUAUUAUUAACGGAUUUGCACUCCCGUUGAAAGAGGAACACAAACUCUUCCUAACGAGGGUUCUGCUUCCUCUGCACAAAGCUAAAGGCCUUAGCAUGUACCACCCACAGCUGGCAUAUUGUAUCGUGCAGUUUCUUGAGAAGGACGCGUCCUUGACCGAAGAGGUUGUUCUUGGCUUAUUACGCUACUGGCCCAAGGUCAACAGUACCAAGGAAGUGAUGUAUUUGAAUGAAGUAGAGGAUAUUUUCGAGGUCAUGGACCCGGCAGAGUUUGCCAAAGUUCAGGUUCCAUUGUUCCAACAACUGGCCAAGUCAGUUGCAAGCCCCCAUUUCCAGGUGGCGGAACGUGCUCUUUACUUCUGGAACAACGAAUACUUUUGCAAUCUGGUCAGCGAUAAUGUGGAAACUAUCUUGCCAAUUAUGUUCCCGCCGCUGUAUGAGAACUCGAAAGGGCACUGGAAUCGCACAAUCCAUAGCAUGGUGUAUAAUGCUAUGAAGAUGUUCAUGGAAAUUAACCCACAGCUUUUCGAUGAAUGCUCGCAUGAGUACAAUGAGCGGCAGAACAGUGCUGAGCAGCGUGAAAAAGCUCGAAAGGACAGAUGGGAGAAGUUAGCAGCGCAGGCCAAAGACCGACAGAAUGGCGUUCCUCCACCUCCUCCACCAGCGGACCUUCCUGUUUAUGUGGACGAGGUUGAUUCCAUCGCUCAAGACAGCCAGAAGCGUCUCCAUGCUUUGAAGUUGGAUGACUCUGGCUCAGGGAAGGAACGACGGGGUUCAACGCGCAAUAUCGACAUUUACGCCAGCAAGCUAGGCGAUGAGAAGCUUGAUAUCAAAAUUCGGGCUAACGUCGCGGUUGAACUACGAGAUAAUAUCGAGCCACUAUGCUCCGGUUCGAGCUAUCCGAUAUUCCUUUCAAAGCUAUGGCCGGUGUUCAAGGGUAUUCUGAAGGGCGAGCCGGUGUUCACAAACUUAUCGUUCGAGCAGAAACUACGCAAUUGCGUUCUCGAGACGUUACACCGGCUACCAAUGGCCUCCCCCGAUGUCGAGCCCUACGCUGCGGAUAUGUUAGACUUUUUGAUGGACCUCGUGCGGAUUGAGAAUGAAGAGAAUGCUGUUCUAUGCAUGAAGACUAUCAUGGACUUGGAACGAAACCAGGCAAAGGCUUCGGCCGCCCGCGUCCAGCCGUUUCUGGAGCUCAUUCAAGAAAUGUUCCAGACAAUGGAACAGGUUGUCCGCGAUACCUUCGACACACCUAGCCAGGCUACACCCUCCGGCAUGCCUUCAACACCAGGUGCAACGGCUCAGAACUUCCAAUCUCCUCGACCUAGUUCGCCGGCAACUUCAGUUUCAGACCUCGGCCCGUCAGAUCAUCAGGGGAACAAUGUUCUACUCAGGGGAAUGCAGUCGUUCAAGGUUUUGGCAGAAUGUCCGAUUAUCGUUGUCUCCAUCUUCCAGACCCAUCGAAACUCCGUAGGGACGAACGUGAAGCUUUUUGUGCCCCUGAUAAAGAGCAUAUUGCUUCUGCAAGCUAAGCCACAGGAGCGAGCCCAUGCGGAGGCGGCCGCGCAGGGUAUGAUAUUUACCGGUGUAUGCAAGGAGAUCAAGAACAGGGCUGCCUUUGGCGAAUUCAUAACAGCACAGGUGAAGACGAUGAGCUUUCUAGCAUAUCUGCUGCGCAUGUAUGCCCAUCAGCUCCAAGAUUUCCUUCCUACGCUGCCUUCAGUGGUGUCUAGUGCGAGAAAGGAACUUCUUGUUGCAAUUCGUCAUAUAAUCAACUUCAACUACCGCAAGAUCUUUCUGGAGAAAAUUGACGAGCUUCUUGAUGAGAGAACUCUGAUCGGAGACGGACUUACUGUCAUGCUCGCGGACUUGAUUCACCACGUACGAGACCAUCUGACUCGUGAUCAGAUCCGGCGCACUGUCGAGGUAUAUACUAAGAACCUCCACGACGAUUUCCCAGGGACAAGCUUCCAGACAAUGAGUGCCAAGUUGCUUUUGAACAUGGCGGAAAAGAUCUCCAAGCUUGACGAUAAGCGAGAGGCUCGGUAUUUCCUUAUCAUGAUUCUCGAUGCGAUUGGCGACAAGUUUGCGUCCAUGAAUUAUCAGUUCGACAAUGCGGUGAAAGUGUCCAAGGCGUUCAAGACAGGCAAGAAAGACAUCGAGCCUUCUUCCGAGAGAUAUCUCGCCGAUAAAGACCACCCCCCUGACUGGGACGAAAUUGACAUUUUUUCGGCUUCACCCAUCAAAACCUCCAACCCUCGAGACCGAGGAGGAGAUCCGGUCUCAGAUAACAUUUUUCUCUUCAAGAACUUGAUCAACGGUUUGAAGAAUAUCUUCCACCAGCUCAAGAACUGCAACCCAGACCACAUUCAGAUCGAUCCGAAUAGUGUCCCAAUCAACUGGUCAGAGGUCUCUUACGGUUAUAAUGCGGAAGAAGGAGCUCGGGUCUUCAAGUAUUACGGCGUAGACCAGCCACCACCAGAUUAUACAGCACCAAUGUCACGAGAAGAAAAGGAACUUCUGGAGAGUUUUGGAACUGUCUUUCAUUCUGAGAUCCCAUACCUUCAUGAGCUGAUGUUUGAACAUGGCGCUUUAUUGCAUCUGCCCCAGUUCUUUCUAGCAAGCGAAGCUACGUCUCCCGCCUUUUCUGGGAUGGUACUACAGUAUCUUAUGGAUCGGAUCCAUGAAGUGGGAACAUCCGAUAUGACAAAGGCUAAGAUCUUGCUCAGGAUGUUCAAGCUCUCUUUCAUGGCAGUAACGCUCUUUUCAGUCCAGAAUGAGCAAGUGUUACAUCCUCAUGUAACCAAGAUUGUGACUAAAUGUAUAGAGCUUUCAGUGACCGCGGAAGAGCCUAUGAACUACUUCCUUUUGCUGCGGUCACUCUUCCGCAGUAUUGGUGGUGGUCAAAUGCUUCUCGAGACGUUCAAUAAUCUGUUGGUUGCAGCUCGAAAGCCUCAAGAGCGCGAUCUCUAUGUUGAACUCACUCUUACUGUUCCUGCUCGUCUCAGCCACCUCUUGCCACAUCUUAGCUAUCUCAUGCGUCCUAUCGUAGGGCUGAGGACUCUUGAGCUCUGUGUGGAUAAUCUCACUGCUGACUACCUGGAUCCUAUUAUGGCUCCCAUUAUGGACGAGUUGAUGACAGCGCUUUGGGACCACCUUCGCCCACAUCCAAUAUUAGGCAAACUUGGUGGUCGCAACCGAAAGUUCCUUAACCAUCCUCCUGAACUUAUUUUUGAGCAAUUUACCGAUGACGCUCCUAGCUUUGAUAUCAAGCUAAUUGGGCCUAGUGAGAAGCGGCCUUUUCCCUUAAUGGAAAUCCCAAAAUCGUCUGCAGCGCAGGCGUCUGAUGCGUACUAUAAACAGCAGGCAUUCCGCAUGAUCUCGUCGCAGCUGAAACUUUAUAUUGGACCCGAAAAUGUUCCAGAGGAUUUGGCAUCACUCAUUCGGCUACACGCUAAUGACCUCUUCGAGAACAAGACCACAGGCAUGGCUGAUAUCCUAGACAAGUCGGAGCGGUCAAGCUCUAUUCCCAAGAAGUUGUCACAGGAGGCUUCGCUAAAGAAGCUGAUCAAGGCCUGCAUUUUUGCUACCACUAUCUCUGAUUUGAAGCAAACUGCGACCAAUUUUGUUGGGCGAGCUCUUGCCCAGGUCAGACAUAAUCGUAAGCCGUUUGAUGUUUCCAGUGGCGAGGGAUCUGCUCUCGUCGAGAGCCUAUCAUCUGACAACGUACGUGUACGUGAGGGUGCGCAGGCAGCGAUGCAGGUUAUGAAAGACGCAGCUGGCGUCAUCUUUGGAUCGCCUGACCGUGUAUCAAAGCUACCUUGUCAUAGCGAAGAGUGGUUUACAAAAGCUGGAGGUAGCCUUGGUAUCCAUCUUUUUGCGACUGACUUGGACCUGGGCGAUUCCUGGCUCUUCGAUAAACAAGCUGAUUUUGUUCGAGCAUUGAUUACAAGAAUAAGGGCACAAGACACCCUGGACUUGAUUCUGCGAAGGUGCUGCAAGAGCGUUUCCAAGGAUGACCUGAAAAAUGAGAAAAGCCGCCUCUAUUCUUUGUGCGGAUUUUUCGUCUAUGAGCUGUCGCAGAUGAACAAAUAUGUCCGUGAAGCCUCUCGUCGCAGUUUCUCAACCAUCUCUGAAGUCCUUGAAUGCCAAGUCCAUGAGCUCAUCUUGCCUGUGAAGGAUCCUCUGCCUUUUCCCACCCAGAUCGGCUUUAUCGAUGCUAUCACUUUCUGCUUGAGCCUUCAUAAUAACAUCGUGACGUUCAACGAUCCGUUAAACCGACUCAUGCUGGAAUCUCUCGCUUUGGCCGAUGCUGAUGAUGAGUCCUUAGCGUCUAAGCCGAAUGAGUUCAAGAAUGCUGAGAUGAUCGUGAACCUACGUGUGGCUUGCCUGCAAUUCGCCAAUACUCCCCAAAAUACCAGCCGUGCUCGGAUCAUUUCUGUCUUUUUCAAGUCUCUUUACUCUCGAGAUGUCCUCACGCAGACAAACAAGCUUCCAAAGGACCUAUUGCAGAAUGAUCCCAAACGCUUGAGCGUCGCCGGUCUUGACGGUCUUGCCCGGCUGUUGACCUUGCUAACCAAUUACUUCAAGGUUGAAAUCGGUGCUCGCCUUUUGGAUCAUAUGAAGGUCAUUGCCGAUGACGCAAUUUUGCAAAAGGUGUCCUUCAUUGUUGCUGCAAUUUUCAAUAUUUUCCAUCUUCUUCCCCCAGCUGCCACAUCUUUCAUGGAACAUCUUGUUAACAAGGUAUUGGAUCUUGAAGACAAGCUCCGCCGGACGUCUAACAGUCCCUUCCGCAAGCCUCUUGUUAAGUAUCUCAACCGUUAUCCGAAAGAGAGCUUAGCCUUCUUCCAGGCUCGCUUCAAGGAGGAGCGAUUCGGGCGAUUUUUUGGCCAGGUUCUUGCUGAUCCGGAAAGUGAAUCCUUGCGUUCGGCAGUGGUUGCGGAGACUGAUGGCUUCACUUCUGCUUUCUUCGGGCAGGAGUCUACGGAUGGCAAGAACACUGCUGCGAUAAACGGCAUCUAUGUUACCCAUUCUAUUUGCUCCUAUGACUCGACAAAACGCUGGCUUGUAUCCCAUGCAGAUUUAAGGGCUAAGCUUCUAAGCUCCGGGCGAGACCUUGAAAAGAAACUGCGCAAUGACAAGUUACCAGCCACUGAACGGCUGAGAGUCGAGCAGGCCGAGGAUCAGUUGAUGGAUAUAUUCACAAUCUACCUGUCAGAGUCAACGCAAGAUCUAGACUUCCUCUUCGAACGCACGCUGGCAUUCCCGAAGUUCAUUUAUCGCCAUAUCAUCACCAAUGAAUCUAUUGACUAUCGUCGCUCACGCACCUGCUCUCAGAAGAUGAAGACUUAUGCCUUUCGCAAUCUAACAACUUGGAAUCACAGCCCUAACAGUCCCAAAUUGAUGGACAAGAGCAUGACGGAGUUUAUUCAGAGUCGCCUAUGGAAGCCUCAGUUAGCGGACUUGAGUGAAGAGUCGAGCCAGUCCGGUUUGUCUGCCCUGUUGAUCAAAUACCAUCAUCAGACCGUGCAGGAUUCCCGCAAGGACAUUAUCAAGUUCGCAUGGAAUUAUAUCCGGCUCGAGGAUAUCAUUAACAAAUAUGGAGCCUAUACGCCGUUCAAGAUCGUGGUCCAGGUCUAUGUUGCUCUCCUGAGAGCACAUCAGAACGAGGGUAAAGCUCUUGUUACUCAAGCUCUUGAUGUUCUGGCUCCCGUUUUGCCUGCUCGUAUCAUGACCGCGAGUAGCAACGCACAAGCACCAGAUGCCCGUUAUCCAUUAUGGGCUAAAUGGCCACGGCGCAUCCUAGCUGAAGAAACUGCGAACCUGCAGCAGGUGAUGAGCAUCUUCCACUUCCUCGUUCGCCAGCCGGAUCUUUUCUAUGAGUCACGAGAGCAUUUUGUGCCUCUUAUUGUGCCAUCAUUAAUCAAGAUCGCUGCUCCUCCAAACUCAUCGAAUGAGAGCAAGAAGCUGGCACUUAACCUCAUAAACCUUAUCUGGCAGUGGGAAGAGAAGCGUGUGAAGACCCAUGCUGCUAUGCCAAACGGGACUAUCGAGUCUCCAAAUACAAAGAAACGUAAACUCGAGGAAGCCCAGGGCACAUCGUCUCCUUCACUUGCUCCGCCCAGUACCCGUGAACGCUCCGAAUAUAUGUAUCUUAUUACAUUCAUCACGACUAUCCCUGAGCGAUUUACCACACAGCAGCCUGUACUUACAGGAGACAUGAUUAAGAAGGCCAUCCACUUGCUGAGAAACCUUCUGUCUCCAGAAUACUGGGUCACAGAGCCAAUUCUUGCCGGGGAAAAAGCCGACAAACCCGACGAAAAGCACACCACGAGUAUGAUCAAUGCUUUGCAAGAUGACUGGAUUACGGCUCGUCUACCAUUGAUCCAGAAGCUCUUCGAGAAGCCUCUGCGUUCUGAUAACCCGGAGAUACAAGACUGUCUCCAUGGCGUAGAGGAUGACGUGGACAUCUUCCCUAAGCUGCGCCCUCCACCAGAAGACGAAGAUGCCAUGGAUGUUGAAAAUUCGCCCUCUGAGUUUACGCUUUCGGCAAACAACUAUCCUGCGGAGAUGGACACUCAUAUCCCGCAGGUUAUGAAGGUUUUCUCUCAGAAAUUGGCGAAGGAACAUUUCCCUCAAAACGCUAAACCUGGAGAAGGGGUUCCAGAUCAACAGGAGUAUGAAAUUGGAGUGGACUUAAUAUUCAAAACCAUUGAGUUGAUAUCCGUGCGCAUCGUUCUAGCUCAGCUCGUGGAGCGAUCACAGAAUAUCAAACUUUGCAGUAAGGUGCUGGGUAUGGUUGAGACUUGGAUUUUCCACUCCAAUGAAUCUUGGCCCACCUUGAAGGAAAAGACUGCGGUUUUGCACAAGAUGCUCCUUUUCGAGUCGAGACAAGACCAAACCAUGCUCAAGAAAUUUCUUGACCUUGUCAUCAGGAUCUACGAGGACUCCAAGAUCACGCGAACCGAACUUACUGUCAGGUUGGAGCAUGCCUUCUUGAUCGGUACUCGGGCACAAGAUGUCGAAAUGCGUAACCGCUUCAUGACCAUCUUCGAUCGGAGUCUGACACGCUUGGCCAGCUCUCGUCUUAGCUAUGUUUUAACCUGCCAGAACUGGGAUACCCUUGCAGACUCGUUCUGGCUUUCACAGGCAUCCCAUCUACUGCAUUCUGACGAUUUCACUCUUUAUCCUCUAUCGUUCCUGUUCGGAAGUGCAGACAAAGAUCAAAGAAAAGCUGAUGUAAUGGUUGACACUCAACUCGAAGCGUUUGUUGAUGUCAGGACUAGAGAUUUGAUGGAGCCACUCUGCCAGUUGCAACAUACUGAUCCAAAUGUUGCCUACACUCUCUGGACUAAUCUUUUCACUAUCUUCUGGUCCACCUUGUCGAGAGAAGAUCGUAUUGAUUUGGAAAAGGGAAUGAUUACUCUGAUCACACGCGAGUAUCACCAGAGACAACUAGAUAAGAGACCAAACGUCGUGCAAGCGCUGCUUGAGGGCGCUGUUCGCGCUAAGCCACGAUUCAAAAUCCCUCCCCAUGUGAUGAAGUAUCUUAGCCGGACCUACGAUGCUUGGUAUACAGCUGCCGGGUACCUAGAAGAAACUGCCAUUAACCCCAUAAUCGACACUCCGACAGUCCGCGAGAGCAAUCUCGACGCGCUUGUGGAAGUCUAUGCAGGCCUGCAGGAGGAUGACUUCUUCUAUGGUACCUGGCGACGUCGUUGCAAAUUCGUCGAGACGAAUGCUGCUCUUUCGUAUGAACAGCAAGGAAUGUGGGAUAAGGCUCAGCAAUUGUAUGAAAAUGCCCAGAUCAAGGCUCGCUCUGGAGCAAUGCCGUUCUCUCAAGGUGAAUACUACCUAUGGGAGGAUCAUUGGUUGAUAUGUGCACAAAAGCUGCAACAAUGGGAGAUUCUCAGCGACUUUGCCAAACAUGAGAAUCUGAACGAUCUUCUUCUUGAGGCUGCCUGGCGCAACAUUGAGAACUGGCAGAGCGAAGGCAAUAGAGAGCAGCUUGAAUCUCUCAUCAAGUCCGCAUUCAUGGCGCUACUCCAAUACCAUAUCAAAAAAGAAAACCUUCAGGAGUUCAAUGGUGUUUGCGACGAGUCCAUUCAGCUGUCCAUCCGCAAGUGGCUUCAGUUACCGAAGAGGAUAACAAAUGCUCACAUCCCUAUCCUGCAGCACUUCCAGCUGUUGGUUGAGCUCCACGAUGCAAGCCACAUCUGCACUAGCCUCUCGCAGACCAAUGAGCGAAACCUGGACACAAAAUCAGCCGAGCUAAAGUUGCUGCUAGGAACGUGGCGUGACCGCCUUCCCAACCUCUGGGACGAUAUCAACGCUUGGCAAGAUCUGGUUACAUGGCGUCAGCAUAUCUUCCAACUGAUCAAUGCAACAUACCUCAGCUUGCUGCCACCACAGACCAACAAUGUGGCCAGCAAUUCCUAUGCUUACCGUGGAUACCAUGAGACUGCAUGGAUCAUAAACCGCUUUGCCCACGUUGCACGUAAACAUCAAAUGCCCGAGGUGUGUAUCAACCAGCUUAGCCGGAUCUAUACACUGCCGAAUAUCGAGAUUCAAGAAGCGUUCUUGAAGCUGCGGGAACAAGCAAAAUGUCACUAUCAGAAUCCCAAGGAGCUGAAUAGCGGACUGGACGUGAUCAACAACACGAAUCUCAAUUACUUUGGGGCACAACAGAAGGCAGAGUUCUAUACCUUGAAGGGCAUGUUCCUGGCUAAAUUGAGUCAUGUCAGCGAGGCGAACGACGCGUUUGGCGUCGCUCUUUACUAUGACCUGAGACUUGCGAAGGCUUGGUCCGAGUGGGGACAAUACAGUGACCAGCGAUUCAAGUCGGACGCAUCAGAUUAUGAGUUAGCCAGUAAUGCCGUAAGCUGCUACCUAGAAGCUGCAGGUCUUUACAAAAAUUCCAAAGCUAGGAAGUUGCUCAGUCGUAUCCUUUGGCUUCUUAGCUUGGACAAUGACGAAGGUCGGGUUGCGGCCGCCUUUGAGAACUUCAAGGGAGACACUCCUGUCUGGUAUUGGAUCACCUUCAUACCACAGCUUCUCACAAGUCUUUCACAUCGGGAAGCCCGCCUUUGCAAGGCUCUUCUGGUGAAGAUCGCAAAGUUGUACCCGCAGGCACUCUUUUUCUUACUCCGUACGAAUAGGGAAGAUAUGCUCAACAUCAAAAAGCAGCAUGAUCAGAAGCAGGAGAAGCUGAACCGUGCCAGGCAGCAGCAGGCCCAGGCGCACGCACAAGCUUCACCGCAACCCAAGCCUUCUCCAUCCACUGCAAGCGGCUCGCCUGCGCAAAAUGUUCAUCUUCCGAACGCCAAUACAUCGACUCCCGUUCAAGGUCAGACGAAUUUGCCCAACCAGCAGCAAGCCCAGAAUCAAAUCCAGCAGGGAUUAGCUCAAAGCCAGAGUCCACAAAUAAGCCAUAGCGCCGGCCAGUCUCCUGCCCAGGGCCAAAUUCAGCAGGCCCAGAACCAAGGUCAAGGCCAGGCUCAAGCUCAAGUGCAACCAGGUCAGGGUCAAACUCCAACUCAAGGAGGGCAGCAGCAAAACCUUCAGGUUCCUGGACAGAAUGGGGUGCCGCAGCAGAACCAAAAUGCUAGUACAGAGCCCGAGAAAGAGCCUCUUAAGAAGCCAUGGGAAUACUCAGAUGAGAUCAUGUCUGGUCUCAAAACAGCUUUCCCAUUGCUUGCGCUGUCUAUGGAGACGAUGGUCGACCAAAUCCAUAAGAACUUCAAAUGCCCACCCGACGAGGAUGCCUAUCGUCUUAUUGUCGCCCUCCUGAACGAUGGACUGGCGUACGUUGGCCGCAUGCCUGGUUCAUAUGCGCAGGACUUCAAGCUUCCUGCCCCGACGGAAGCAAAUAUCACGCGCUUCGCUGAGACUAUCCUCCCGGCCCAUAUCCGCAAAUCUUUUGAGGCCGAUUUUGUUGUCAAGAAACCUACAAUGUAUGAGUAUAUCCAGAAGUUGCGGCGUUGGCGUGAUAAGUUUGAAGAGAAGCUUGACCGCCGCCCUCAAUCCCAAUUUUUGGAGAGCUACUCGCCCCAUCUCAGCGAGUUCCGAUUUCUUAAGUUCGACGAGGUCGAGGUACCUGGCCAGUAUCUGCUGCACAAGGACAAGAACCAAGACUUUGUCCGCAUUGAUCGAUUCCUCCCUGAUAUUGAUCUAGUCCGCGGCAUUGGUGUUUGCCACAGGCGUUUGAAGAUUCGUGGUCAUGAUGGUAGUGUGCAUCCCUUUGCCGUUCAGCACCCAGCGGCUCGACACUGUAGGCGCGAGGAGCGUAUUCUACAGUUGUUCCGUAUUUUCAAUGGGCUUUUGGGCAAGCGCAAGGAAAGCAGACGGCGAAAUCUCUAUUUCCAUCUCCCACUUAUGGUUCCGUUGGCGCCUCAUAUUCGUUUGGUCCGUGAUGAUCCCUCGUAUAUUUCCAUGCAGGGUAUCUAUGAAGACUAUUGCCGACGAAUUGGAAUCAACAAGGAUGAUCCUGUUCUCUUCACGAUGGAGAAGAUGAGGUCAUUGGCAGAGACGAAGCAGAGUCGGACACCUGAUCAACAACAGGUACUUCGAACUGAGAUCCUCACAGCGAUCCAGGAGAAAUGGGUCCCUAGCCAUAUCGUGUUGGACUACUUCCAGAAGACGUACCCGAACUUCUCUGAUUUCUGGCUCUUCCGCCGUCAAUUUGCCUACCAAUAUGCAGCCAUCGCCUUCAUGACUUAUGUGAUGCACAUGGGCAACCGGUAUCCUAACAAGAUCAUGAUUUCCAGGACGACGGGUGAUAUUUGGAGCUCGGAGCUGAUCCCAGCCAUCAACCCGACUAAGGCAUUCUUCUACAACCCGGAGCAAGUGCCUUUCCGUUUGACUCCCAACAUCCAGACAUUGAUGGGACCUAUCGCCACUGAAGGUCUAUUUGCUUGUGCAUUGAUGGCAAUUGCCCGAUGCCUAACGGAGCCCCGCCAUGAGCUGGAACAGCAGCUUAGCAUUUUCGUCCGAGAUGAGAUGAUGUUCUGGGCUACAGCACAGCAUCGUGGCGUUCUACCCGUGCCGCAGCUUCGUGAUUUGGUAUAUAACAAUAGCGAUGUCAUCGUCAACCGGGCCGUCAGUCUUGCCAGUCCUCCGGAAGGCAACCUGCCAGCCAAUCAAACUACUGUCGACCUGAUCUCUAAGGCUGUCAACCCUCAGCACCUCGCAACUUGCGAUGCUUUGUGGAUGCCUUAUCUCUAG